UAAAAUCAGUUUCGGUCUCAGAUUUCUCUGGAGAAUCGUGGAACGUGACUGUGUAAGUAGUACGAAAAAAAUAUUAAAGUCAAAUAUGUGUCAGAAAAUUUGAACAACAAUCGAAAACAUUUUACUUACAUUUUACACAAAGGUAUUCAGUGUACAGAAGAGAUGGCAGAAUUAUCAAACAGUAAUAAAAGCGAUAAUGAUAAAAGUGAUCAGGAGACACAGUGUCUCGUCGCUAAUAAUGUAAAUGAUAACAAAAGCGAUAAUUUAAACAAUGACAAAAGUGGUAGUAUAAACAAUGACAAAAGUAUUAAUAUAAAUAAUGACGAAAGUGAUAAUAUAAAUGAUGAUACUACAAAUAAUACCACAAGCAAUAACAAAAAUGAUUGUAACCUAAGGGAAUCUACCCGUAGGCAAUUUUACAAAAGCCGUAUAAGAAAAGAUAAUAUUAAAUUAGAACUUGAUGAUAGUACAUCUCAAGAAGAAAGACGCAGAUUGUUAUUAGAGCAUCAAAAGAAACUUAGAGAUGAAACUAUCAAUACUAUACGUGGUAUACAAGAAUGUUCUACAUCAAAAAAUGAAGAUAUAGAUAAGGAGAAAUAUAUAGAUGAGGAGCAACAUAUAGAUAAAGAGGAAUAUAUAGAUGAGGAGCAACAUAUAGAUAAAGAGGAAUAUAUAGAUGAGGAGCAACAUAUAGAUAAAGAGGAAUAUAUAGAUGAGGAGCAACAUAUAGAUAAAGAGGAAUAUAUAGAUGAAAUUGAGUAUAUGGAUGCGGAAGAGUACAUGAAUGAAGAGGAGUAUAUGGAAGUAGAAGAUUAUGCCUCAUCGUACUAUAAGAUUCUUCCGAACGAUUCCAGAACAAGUCGAAUGAUGCUAUCAGAAUGGAUGCUAGAUGUACCGCAAGAUUUAAUUGAAAAUUGGAUUAUGGUUCCAUGUCCAAUAGGAAAACGAGUUAGAAUGAUCUCAGGCUGGGGUGAAACAAGGUCAUAUUCUAGAAAAGGUGUUCUACAUGGUGUCUUUCCUUCAGCACUUCCAGGUGGAAAUCCUGAUAGUGACUUUCAUCACUCUGCUGCUGUCGAUUGUCUAUGGAUAAAGAACCGAAAACUCUUUUAUAUAUUAGACGUAUUGUAUUGGAGUCAAUUGCCAUUCACAAAUUGUCAGGCUGAGUUCAGGUUUUUCUGGAUCACGACUAAGUUCCAGGAAAUACCAGAAUUUAAAGAACGUAAUGCUGAUACAAAUAAAUAUCCUAUUUUAACUCUACCAAAUAUUAAUUGUAACUCUGACAUUAAUUCAGCCUUGGCAAAUCUUGAUAAUAAACAAUCUCUGGAUGGAUUGCUAUUUUAUCAUCGUCAAGCAUUAUAUACUUAUGGACUUACCCCACUUGUGACGUGGUUAAAACCUUUUAUGUUAUCCGAAGUACUUGGAAUAUCUAUACCUUCAUUUGACGAAAAACCAGAUAAUUAUAUAAGUUUUGAAGAUCACGUACAAAAAGUAAAAGCCAAGAAAAAUCGACAAGAUAAUACUACAAAGAGUGAUACUGAUUUUAUGGAAAUAGAAGGUGUCGUUUAAAAUUAAAAACUCAUUUGUUAUGGCAAUUUAUAAUGAUCAAACUAGAGACGAAAAGAUG